AUGCUUGUCAAGUCCUUCACUGCUCUGGCGGCUCUCGCCCUCGCCGCUCAGGCCGUCGCCGAGCCCAUCAUCCGCACCCCGUACAGGGCCAACAAGGUUCACAAGACCUCGGUCCGUCAGCUGUUCGGCGUCGUCCGCCGCCAGGACAACCCCGGAUACCAGCCCGAGCAGACCGUCUGCGGUUCCGGCAACACCUGCUCCGAGGCUUGCGGUGCUGGUUUCGAGACUUGCGCCUCCAAGGACGACUCUGUCCACUGCUACAACCCCGCCGCCGCUCAGAUCUGCUGCCCUAAUGCUUCUGGAAGCUCGUGCGAUGCUGGCUACUACUGCGCUGCCGAUAAUGAGAAGGAGACCUGGUGCUGCCCCGAAGGCAUGGGCCUUGAGGAGUGCGCCGCCGCCUACGGUGUCGAAUCCGGCCUUGUCUCCCAGACCGCCGAGGCCAUCUCUUCUACCUCCACCUCUACCAGUACCAGCUCGACCUCCUCGGUUGCCACCUCCACCUCCUCGGUCGCCACCUCCACCUCGACUUCCAGCACUGUCGUGAGCACCACUACUACCAGCAGCGUCGUUGUUACCACGACCAGCACCUCCUCGUCCGUCAUUCCUCUCUCGACUCUCUCAGUCGCUCUGAACACCACCUCGUCUGCUGCCGCCAUCACCAUCCCCGUUGUGUCCUCUUCCUCUAUCGUCCUCAUCCCCACUGGCGGCGCACCUUCUGGUGCUAACAGCACUUCCGUCGUGGUUGUUUCUCCCCAGCCCACGCAGUCGGAGAUUGCCACUGGCGCUGGCAGCGUUGCCAAGCCCGCCGGUGCCUUCCUCCUGGUUGCUGCCGGUCUCGCCGCCCUUCUCUAA